UACAACAUGGCGGUCUCAUUGGGAACAAAAGUGGCUGCCGGCGUGACGGUUUUGCUUGCCGUCAUAUUGAGCGAGUUGUAUGUCUUUUCUCUCCAUUGGGAAACAAAGGCGAGAAUGUUGAAAUUGCAGUUCAUAAUUUUUUUACAAGCAUUCUUGAUUCUUUUCUCCGGAUUUGUGUGGAAUAACUUCUCGACUAUGUUCGAUAAGCCGUCACAGAAGCAAGGGUUAAAACAUGUCAAAUAUUCUGAUAAUGAUCUUCAUCAGACAGAUGUGACUCAACCUGAUCUUAAAAAGUGGACAUUAUGGAGAAUUAUUCUUGUGACUUACUUAGUUUUAUGUCAUGCGAGUUACUUUACGAAUUUUUAUUUCAUUGGUCGAGAACCAUAUUUUAUAGCAUACAGUUGUUAUGCAGCACUUGGGCUGUUGUUUCAAAUAGUCACAGGUUUAGUGUUUGUCAAGGUUAUUCUGUUCUGUUUAAGAAGCAUUUCAAGUAGUAAGCCCGUCUUUUCAAAACAACGGGAAUUACAGCUUGUACUUAUUUAUGCUAUUCUUUUAUGGACAUAUGGUCUCUAUAAUGCUGCGAGUCCACCAGUUGUAAAAGAAGUCCUUAUCCCAGUCAGAGGAUUGCCGGAAUCUCUUGAUGGAUUCAGAAUUGUGCAGAUAUCAGACAUUCAUCUAGGACCGACUGUUGGAAGAUGGAGACUUACAAGGAUAGUAAAUAUCAUUAAUGAGCAAAAUGCAGAUGUUGUUGUGAUGACUGGAGAUCUUGUCGAUGGAAGCGUUGUAAGCCUCAGGGAAGCAGUAGAACCUGUUAAGGAUAUUCAGUCCAAAUUUGGGAAAUAUUUUAUAACAGGCAAUCAUGAGUACUACACAGGCGAUGUAGACAACUGGUUCUCUCACCUCCGUGGUCUCGGUUUUAUUGUGUUACACAAUAGCAAUGUCAGACUUCCCAGUGAGAAACUACCCACCAAACAACAAAUAUGCCUUGCUGGAACAGAUGAUAUUGAGGCUUUAAGGAUUGGGUACGGCAAUCACGGGAUGAGGCUGGAUGAUGCUCUGGGGUCAUGUGAUCAAAGUCAGCCAGUAAUUCUUCUUGCCCAUCAGCUGAAGGCGGCCAAGACCGCCCUGGACUCUGAAUACAGAGUUGACGUCGUCCUCUCAGGUCACACUCAUGGAGGACAGAUCUUCCCGGUGAUGAUUGGGAGCUAUUUUUUACACCCCUUCUUUUACGGACUGUAUCGCUAUGGGGAGUCCAGUCAUGUGUAUGUGUCGAUGGGUACUCAGUAUUUUGGUAUCCCUGUCAGGAUCGGAACAACAAUGGAAGUCACAAGGAUAAUACUCACUCAGGCUCCAUGACAAGUUAUACAUAUAUAUGUAUGGUUAUAUCUUUUCAGUUGAUAUAAGGGGCGGUCGGGUAGCCUAGUGAUUAAAGCGUUCACUCGUCACACCGAAGACCCGGGUUCGAUUCCCGACAUGGGUACAAUGUGUGAAGCCCAUUUCUGGUGUCCCCCGCCGUGAUAUUGCUGGAAUAUUGCUAAAAGUGGUAUAAAACCAUACUCACUCACUCAGUUGAUAUAACAUGAAUAAAAUAUGGAGAAUUGUGCACUUAGGAAAGUGGAAUUACAAAUAUGUGUUUUUAUGUUGUUACACUUAAAACAUUGUUAAAGAUGGCACCUGUAACCAAUCUGUAGAGCCAUGUCAGAUUCUAUAUCAUAAGUUGCAGCAAUAUCACUCGGGCUACAUGGGGUUUUAUAGGUUUUAUACCACGAGCCAAGGUAUAUGUGGCGGGGUAUACAAGAUUUAUUCCCCCGCUGCGAAAUGUAUUACCCUCCAAGUAUUUUAUCAAGAUCAUGAGGACCAAUCAGAUCUCAUCAUUCUGACAUGGAGGUAUGAUAAAUGUAAUUAUUAGGCCAUCUAUGUUAUCAUGUGUGUUUCUCAGUCAAUGCUCAGGUUGAGAGGGUGCAGUUGUUUGGAAGAAAAUGAAUAAAUAAACAGCCUUUGGUUGAGCCGGUAGAAAAUACAACUGAUAAGUUGUCUGCUUUUGAAUAUAUGUAAAUAAUAUGCUCCUCUAUUAUAUGAUAUUAUGAUAUUCAAAAUACAACAGUUGCUGUAUUGGCAUUGAGAGGUUUUAAGGAGGAAGUGUUUAAGAGCUCUGAAAACAGGGAAAAGAAAAAUAGUCACAGUUACUUCCCUUCUUUAAAUGUCCUCACAAUAAAACACAGCAGCCAAUGAGCAGAUAUGAGAAGGGUAAUUUAGGACUGGUGGAUGUGAGAAACACAACUAAACUCAGAUGGCCUUAUUUUGUUCUGAUAUAACUACAUACACAUUAUACCAUAGGUAAAUGAUGUUUUGUUGAAGAUUAUUAUGCACCACAGCUCAUAUUGUCCACAUAUUAACAUUGAAAUCAACUGAGCAUAAUGCCUUGAUACAAGUACAGACAAGUAGAUGCAGAAAUGUGUGGUACAGACUCUUUUUGGACCACUGUAGUACUGUCGGUACAUUUUACCAGUAGAGAUUUGACAUAAUGUCAUUUGUACAAUUGUGUUACAAAUGCCAUUACUCCUAACAAUAUGGAUGAUAUGACACCUCACAUGACAUUACACAUGCCAUUAUAUUCCACCAUUGUUUAUACAUUGAAGAUGACAUUAAAAUGAUUAAAUUGUUACAAUACUUAAGGCAUUAUAUUAGCCAGGUAAUAUCACAUUGCUUUUCUUGUCAUAUUGCAUUUUGUGACUUUGACAUUAAAUGUAACUUGCCAUUGCACUACAAACUAUGUCGCCCAUGGGGAUAUAUUUAAUAUGACAAUUGACACAUAACAUUGGUUUCUGGGUUUGUCAGCACCAUACCCGUGCUCAUGGGUUUCACCAAAGUGGUAAACGUCUGAGACCUGCAUCACUUCGGGCUUUCCUCCCACAUUAAGCUGACACGCCAUGAUAAAACUGGAAUAAUGUUAAAAGCGGCGUUAAACCCAACUCACCCCACUCACCCAUACUACAUUGAUUAUAUUGUCAGAUUAUACCAAUCUCAUUCAAACCUUUACCUCUGAUAUGAUACCUCUCUGCAUAAAGAUCUCUGACAACAGCUCCAUAGAGAACACAUCAGGUAAACCCUGAGCCAAGUUUGACAGCCCAAUCCCAAAGGUGUGUGAGCUCUUGAGCCAUUCACAUUUUUAGGCUACAUCCCUUCAUUUCAUUAAAAUGAUCAGGGUACAUCCCUUCGGAAAAUAUUUUUUUAUGACAAAAGAAAAUCCACACUGGACACAGAUAUUCCUUCAAUGGUACUUCCUUGUGGCUGUAGAUGUUGUGGCUUACAGAAACAAUAAGGUUAAUGUAUCCACACUAUAAUACUAUAUAACACUAUAUACUUUUGGAACUGGUUGUUUCAGUUCAUUUUAAAAAUAAAGAAGUCAGAUAUGCUGCUCAUUUGUACUGAGAAUUGAGAACUCUCAGUACUGACGGACUAGAAAGUUCACCUGAUGUAACCUCUUUUGGAUGGGUUGUCAGAUCUUCACACAAAUAAGUAUUGUAUCAGAGUUACAGAUGUGAUUUGAAUGAGAUAAUGUAUCUGAGGCAGGUCUCGAUUCUGUGGUGGGUUGUCUCAAUCAUUGAAUAUUCAGAGAUCCAUUGUAAUAAGGCAUCAGAUAUACAGCAAUGUAAUUUGGAUUGGAUGUCCUGCCCGCAGAGGCACCAUCCAGCCAAAUCUCACUAUGAACAAAGAUAGAAUUUCCAGUGUUUGAUCUCACACAACAUAUCAUAUCUGUGAUCUAUUUCGUUUGAAUAUUCAUUCCAUUUUAAAAUUAUUUUUAUACUAUAUUAUCAUGAAGAUUUGUUUAUUUGCUGAGAAUGUUUGUAAUUCACAUUCAGCUCCAAGUUUUUAGAAAUUGUUGAAAACAGUUGCAUUGUUGCACAUAAAAUAUUGUAUAAUUGUU